AUGAGUCAGAUCAUGGCCCCCAGACUCAAUUUGUUUGUCAUCACUUCCUUUGUUAUCUCAACAAUUUCAUUCAACAUAUUGGCCAUUCCAUACCAACAAUAUCAACGUGUUACAAAUUCCGAAAUUUCCGGAUCUUCAACACAACUACAAGAACGCGACAUUAUCACUGAUUAUUUGAGAAGGCAAAAUGAAUUUAAGGAAUAUCGAAAUAGGCAAAGAAAACACUCGGAUCCUAAACUAUUAGAUGAUCUCCUUGAAGUGAAAUGCCUUCACGGUAUAGAUGCUAUAACAAGAGAAUGUGUCAAAUUCAGUAAAUCUUCAAGUUCUUGA